CCGACGUUUUGGCAUGAUUAUCAGCUGAUUAUCAGUUGAUUGUCAUCUGAUUUUUUUCAGUAGGGACCUGACGACGAUAAUAUGUAUGAUGAUGGUUUAAAGUAUUAAAAUAAUAUUCAUAACGUUUUUUCAUUAACUUUUAUGUAUUUUGAUAUUGAUAUAAUAUGAUAACUAAUACUUUUAUUAUCAUAUAAAUAUAUGACUUCUGAGUCACACUUAUAAGUUAGGAAGAAACACUUUUUUUCAUUUUUACAGUAUCAUUAAACUCCAAAACAUAAAUAACUGGAGCUUAUGGAAAUUCCAAGUUAAAGUUAUUUUAAAUUCAAAUAGAGUUUGGGAAAUAGUUACAGGUACAAGUACGUGUCCAGGUGCGUCCGCAGUAAGUGCAACUUCCGCUGAAAUUGCUGAAAACAACAAAAAGCAAGCCAUGCUACAUAUACUAAAUUGUGAUACCGCUAAAAGCAUGUGGGAUAAUUUUAUCAACGUAUACGAACAAAAAUCGUUAGCAACAACACAUAUGUUGCAGCAAAAUAGGUUCACAAUUAAAAAGGAACCGUCUGAUGACAUUGCUACACACAUAGCAAAGCUGGAAGAUUUAGCUCAGCGUCUAAAACUCAUGGGUGAAACCAUGAAUGACAAGAUGAUUAUGACCAAGAUUUUGUUGACCUUACCGCCAAGCUAUGACCACUUCAUCAGUACAUGGAAAUCAACACCAGAGACUGAGCGAACCAAAGCAAAUUUAAUCUCAAGACUAGUUAACUAAGAAAUGAGAGAUUCCUCACGUGAUGAAACUGCACUAGCUUCUCAACAAAAUAACAGAAAAGGCAGUUGUGGAAAACAAGCAACUGACAAAGCCAAAAGUAAAUGGAAACCUGGUAAAUGUCACAAUUGGAAUAAGCCUAGCCACUGGGCCUAUGAAUGCCGUAGUAAAAAGUCUAACGAUAAAGAUGAUCAUGGAGCAAAAUCAACUGAGUCAAAAGGUAAACCGCAUGGAGAUGCAUUAAUAAUUGAUGCUUUUGCGUCAAUUCAGAACAGCAAUAGCCAUACAAAUCUAUGGUAUAAAGAUUCAGGAGCCAGUAGUCACAUGACACACCACAAGGACUGGUUUUUGAAUUAUGAACCUUUCAAAAGACUAACUUGGGUACACAUUGGAGAUGUCAGUUUACUUGAAGCAUGUGGAUUAGGUGAAAUAAAUGUACUAUCAUUCAAUGGAAAGAGUUGGAAUCUUAGUCAUUUAUCCAAUGUAGUAUACGUACCUGACUUAAAGUAUAACCUUUUUUCGUUCAAUGUCGCUAUGGACAAAGGUUUGGAACUCUUUUCAGAUAAUCGCUCCUGCAAAUUUACCAAAGGAGAUAAAACCAUAGUUAUUGGUGAAUGAAUAGGGAACCUAUUUAUUAUGAAGCUUAAAGUUGAGAACCUAUCUGUGAUGCCUGUGCCAUAGGCAAGACUCAUAGAUUGUCCUUUCAUAAUAGUAAAUCUGAAACUAGUCAAAUUGAAGAAGUAAUACAUGCUGAUUUAUGCGGACCUAUGUAAGAAGCAUCUCUCAAAGGGUCUAAAUACUUUUUAUUACUUAAAGAUGAUUUCUCUAAAUUUCACACAAUAUAUUUUAUAGCAGCAAAGUCAGAUAAAUACAAUUGCAUGGAAGAAUAUGUCAAGAAGGUUGAAAAACAUUGUCCUAAAGGAAUCAAAAUUAUUCGAACAGACAAUGGAUUAGAAUUUGUCAACUAAAAGAUUUCAAACCUAUUGGUCAAGUAUGGUAUUGAACAUCAGAGAACGGUAGCUUACACUCCAGAACAAAAUGGAUCUGCUGAAAGGGAGAACCAUACCCUAAUAGAAGCUGUCCGAUCCAUCCUUGCCGCAAAGAGCUUUGAAAAGAAAUUUUGGGCAGAAGACACAAACACUGCUGCUUAUGUCUUGAACUGUACAGGUACUAAUCGAAUACAAAACAAGAGUCCGUAUGAGCUUCGGUAUAAUCAAGAACCAAACAUUCAAGAUCUACAUAUAUUUGGUGAAAAAGUAUACGUACACAUUCCUAACGAAAAAAGAAGAAAAUUAGAUGACAAAGGUAAACCAGGAUUAUUUAUGGGCUAUGAACAUAAUGUAAAAGGAUUCAGGAUUUUGAUUCUGGAAACAAACAAGAUUGAAAUCGCCAGAGUUGUAGUAUUUACUGGUAUAGUUGAACCUGUAAAUAAAACAAAGAAAAAAGAA